AUGGUUGGAGGAAGAAACAAACAAGCUAUUAUUGAUGCUUUGGAGGCGAUGGAUCAGGCAUUGCAGGGUCAGCAGAAUCAGGCUGGUGAUGAAUUCUACGAAUUGGGGAAGUUUAGAAGGAACAACUCGCUGACCUUCAAGGGCAUAUAUGAUCCAGAAGGUGGUCAUACAUGGCUCAGAGAGAUUAAUAAGAUUUUCCGAGUGAUGGCUUGCACUAAAGACCAGAAAGUGUUAUUUGGUACUCAUAUGCUGUCGGAGGACACCAGAGAUAGGUGGGACAACGCGCGUCAUAGAAUGGAAGGUGAAGGUACUGAGGUUUCUUGGGCUUUGUUCAAAACUAAUUUUCUAGAGAAGUAUUUUCCAGAGGACGUGCGUAGUAAGAAAGAGACCGAGUUCCUUUGCCUGAAAUAA